CAGAUAUCCUUGUUUAUUUAUAAGUGUGAACACUGUACACUAUGUACCGUUGGACCGUACAGUAAUGAUUACGAAUUUUCUACCUGGUUUCCUGCUCCUGCUCCUGGUCAUUGACCCGAGCAGGGGUCAGCUUGGUAGCUGGGUUCGUCAAAGUGCAUGCAUUCAUGAUUCAGGAGAGGAUCCUGUCUUCAAGCACAGUGGGGGGUAUGCCCCUGAUAUGACACCAUAUCAAUGCAUCAAGAACUGCAUGUCGCAAGAACUUCACCAGAGGUAUGACAAAGAGCUAGUUGUAGGUCUGACCCAGGGUGGGUUUUGCCUCUGUGGGUACGAUUACCAACGUAAACAAGCCGCUGGAGAUAUAGAAGAGUAUCUUGGAACGGAAGCCACCAGCUUGUGUAAUAUCCCUUGCUGUACAGGAACAGGGGGUAUUUGUCCGACUGGGAUCUUUCAGUGUGGAGGGGAUUAUGGACGAGUAUCUAUUUACUUUGAUUUCGCCGCUCCCGUCACUGUUGGGCUCAAUGUAUUUCUCACCAACUCCGACAAGCAAAAUGUAGCGAUAGAUUAUACAAUUGGUAUACUCCCACCCCCUACUCCUGGAGGUACAACGGUAGGCCUUGCUGGAAAUAUUACUAUCACUACCACAGCAACUACAACUACCAAUACAACUGCAACUACCACUACAAUUACUACUACAAAUACUACUACAAAUACCAAUACAACUUUGAAUCCUCUUACUGCUCCAAGUACAUUUCCUCCGAGUAUAAACGCGACCUAUCUUAGUUCAGUCACAUCUGAGAUGGUAGUUCCUGGAUACAAGAAACUAAACGUGUUUGAGGACAUGUUUCUGAAUGUUGAGAUCGGAGAAUACCGGUGUUCAAACCAACCGAAGAGCCCAUCUCCUAAUAAUGAAACCCUGUGUGCUAUUAGUGACAUGAUGGGAUCUCAAUCCCUACCUCCUGUAAUUAUUACUGUGGAUUUCGGGGAUGGAUCGGGAGUUCAGAAAUGGAGCAGAGAGGAUCCUAGAGACCUUUGGACUCAUAAAUAUCAACUUCCAGGACAAUACUGGAUCCAUGUUUCAACUCUGAAUGAAUAUGAUCAAACUGGAGAUGAGAUCUGGUAUGAGGUUCUGGUAGUUGAUCCUCUCAAAACUGAAAAUGAGGUGUUGUGCCCACCAGUGGUUACUCCAGGAGAAUUCUUUUUGUGUACUGCAGAUAUACCCAGAGGAUCAGACCUAACCUUUACUCUAGAGAUGACAGAUGAUCUUGUAACGUCCAUGAAAACUAGUUCAGGAACGUUAAAGGUUCCAGAUCAGUUUAUAUUUAUCCCUGGAGGACCAUUGAAAACUCAAUCCUGGAACCAUACACUUGCAUUAAACUCUCAAGGUUCGAGUUUUAUCAUCCAGUCCACCUACUUCAAGUUUAUGGGAAAUAUAAGUGAGAUUGAAUAUGUUCCAGCAACCGCUGGCACUUUUCUUGUUGAUGUGAUCUAUCCUGAGUGCCCGGUGGUGAGGGAUCCUGCUGGAUCUUGGGUUCAAACCUGGUGGUGCCCUCUCACGGGGGCGUGUGAGAUAAAUUGUUUAUCCACACUCCAGAUGCAGGAGGAUUGGGAUACUGAGUGGGGACCUGAAUAUUGA